AUGCCCCCAGCCCACGCCCGGCGCUGCCGCCCGGCCGGGCUCCCCGCGGGCUCCGCCGGGGCAGCCGUCCCGUCCUACCGGUUGCCCCGGUGCAGGGCUGCGGCCGGGACGCCGGGCCCUGCCUGGGUGCGGCUCGUUACCCGCACGGCAGGAAUUAGCCGGGCUCGGGCGCCGGCCCCGCUCCCUCCGCCCUGCCGACGCACCUUAAAUCCCGGCCCGCCGCACCCGGGCCCAGACCAGGCUACCAUGGAGCUGUCGCCCAGCCUUCUCCUCCUCCUCCUCGCAGCCCUGCUACCCCUCGCCGCAUGGUCUGGCCCGACCGCCCGCCCAGCUGGAAAACAGGAGCGGGGGACGGUCAAGCCCGGGUAUUGCUACCACAACGCGGAGGUGGAGGACCUGCUGGCCGAGGACUGCGGCUCUUGCCGCACGGACACCUCUAGUCCCCACUGCACCGGCGAUGCCAGCUGUCCUGGUGCCACCAAGUGCUGCCCCAGCAAGUGUGGCUACACGUGCCAGGACCCGGUGAUGGCUCAGCUCAAGCCCCUUGGCUGUGCAGAUUUCUGCUACUUGCCCUCUGUCUGUGGGAACUGCAAGGCACUUUUCCGCCGCUUCUUCUUCAACACCACCAGCCAUCAGUGUGAGGAGUUCAUCUACGGUGGCUGCGGUGGCAACAGGAACAACUUCAAGACUGAGAGCGAGUGCUUCCAGGCCUGCUCCCACGCCGUUCCAGGUGCUGGAUAGUGCCAGCCCAGUGAGUGCUGCGGCCUCUGCACGGCCCCUGCCUCGGGGAAGCUGCUGCUGGCGGCCACAUCCCUGUCCUCACAGGGAGCCAUCCCCAUGUGGCUGGCAGUGACGGGCACUGCUGCUGGGGAUGGCUGUACUGGGGGCCGUGCCCUGCCCGGGGACACUCACCGGCCCGAGGGCAGUGACAUGCACUCAUGGUGCCUGGCCAGAGGAGCCCAGCCCUGCCCUGGGACUGUGACAUUCAAUACAAGGACGGGUCCUUGGA